GCCUCAGCGCGGCUCGCACCAUGCGGCGGGCGGCCGCCUGCCUCCGGGCGCUCUGCCUCUUGCUCCACCUCCGCGCCGCAGGCUGCCUUUCUGGAGACAGUGAUCACUUGUUGACAAUGCAUCAGCGGAAGAGUGGAAAGCCUGUGUUCAUUUAUCACCAUGUGCAGAGCCUGGAGAGAAGCCUGGAUACAGACACUUACAAGAACUCCAAACAAAACUUCCACUUCUCUUCCCACACCAAGAUAAGCAAGUUGCACCCUGCUAUAGUUGUUAAGUCAGCCUUCCCUAGACCUGCAUAUGACCCAUCCCUCAAUCUGUUAGCCAUGACUGGUCAAGAUCUGGAAGUGGAAAAUCUUCCCAUUCCUGCAACAAAUGUGAUUGUUGUGAGCCUUCAGAUGGAUGUGGAGAAGCUGAACAUCACUCUGCUGCGGGCGUUCCGCAAGGGGGUGGCAGCAGCGCUGGGACUCUUACCUCAGCAGGUUCACAUCAACAGACUCAUUGGGAAGAAGAACUGUGUGGAGCUGUUUGUGUCCCCCCUGAACCCCAAGGCAGGAAUUUCUGAGGCUCUGCCAUCUGAGGAAGUGCUGCGCUCCCUCAACAUCAACGUUUUGCAUCAGAGUUUAUCCCAGUUUGGAAUAACAGAAGUCUCCCCUGAGAAAAAUGUUUUGCAAGGCCAGCGUGAAGCAGACAAGCUCUGGAGCAAGGAAGGCUUUUACGCCGUGGUCAUAUUUCUCAGCAUCUUUGUCAUCCUGGUCACUUGCUUGAUGGUUCUGUACAGAUUAAAGGAGAAGAUCCAGUUGUCACUGAGACAAGAGAAGGAAAAGAAGCAGGAGAUCCACCUCUCACCCCUUCCCCUGCAGACAUCUCAGUCUAAGACUACCAACAGCAUGGUCCAGCCUGAACAGGCUCCAAAGGUUGUCAGUGUUGUGGUGGACCCUCAAGGGCAGUGUGUUCCUGAGCACAAACCUCCCCUGUGUGCCAGUCCGUCUCCAUUCAGGAUGAAACCUGUGGGGCUCCAGGAAAGACGAGGGUCCAAUGUCUCCCUGACCUUGGACAUGAGCAGCCUGGGGAGCGUGGAGCCGUUCGUCGCUGUGCCGACCCCGCGGGAGAAGGUAGCUAUGGAGUACCUGCAGUCCGCCGGCCGCCUCCUGACGCGCCAGCAGCUGCGGGAGGCGGUGGCGUGUUCUCACCUGCUUCAGACAGAGUUCAUGGAAAUACCAAUGAAUUUUGUGGACCCCAAAGAAAUCGACAUCCCCAGCCAUGGAACUAAAAACCGCUACAAAACCAUCCUGCCGAAUCCUCUAAGCAGAGUGUAUUUGAAACCCAAAAAUCCAUCUGACUCCCUGAGUACCUACAUAAAUGCUAACUACAUUAGGGGGUAUGGAGGGAAAGAGAAGGCUUUCAUUGCAACUCAGGGACCCAUGAUUAACACAGUGAAUGAUUUCUGGCAGAUGGUUUGGCAAGAAGACAGCCCUGUCAUUGUUAUGAUCACAAAGCUGAAAGAAAAAAAUGAGAAAUGUGUGCUUUACUGGCCAGAAAAGAGAGGCAUCUAUGGGAAGGUGGAAGUCCUGGUUAACAGCGUGCAGGAGUGUGAGAACUACACCGUCCGCCAGCUCACGAUAAAGCAAGGGAGCCAGUCCCAGAGUGUGAAACACUACUGGUACACAUCCUGGCCAGACCACAAAACCCCUGACAGCGCUCAGCCCCUGCUGCAGCUGAUGCUGGAUGUAGAAGAGGACAGGGUGGGAUCCCCAGGCAGAGGGCCUGUCGUUGUGCACUGCAGUGCUGGUAUAGGAAGGACUGGAUGUUUUAUUGCCACAGCCAUUGGUUGCCAGCAGCUGAAGGAAGAGGGAGUCGUAGAUGCGCUGAGCAUCGUCUGCCAGCUCCGAGUGGAUCGGGGUGGAAUGGUCCAGACCAGUGAACAGUAUGAGUUUGUGCACCACGCACUGAGUCUGUAUGAGAGCAGGCUUUCUGCAGAAGCUGUCCAGUGAAGCCAAGGAGGGGAUAACCCCAAAGGUCAAUCCCCUGAGGUAAUUUGGUUCAUUACCUACCAGCAGCUUCUUCAAGGAGUUUUCCUGCCGUGGGCAGAGCGCCUGUGAGGCCAACUGCUGAAAGGAUUACGGACGGGUGGGCAAAAAAGUCUAGAGCUUGCUGGACCCCUGCUGUACAUGAAUGUAUUGUGACCCUCCCAACCAUGAGUGCUGAAGAGGGCACUGUCCUGAAGCUCCACGUGGGGAUGCUGACCUGUUCCUCUCAAGGUGGGUUUCCCCUGCAAUGCUGACGGCUGCCCUGUGGGAUGCGUGUGAAGUGCUCCUGCCACAGCCAGCUGGAGGGACCUUGGAUCUUCAGCAGAAGAGAUGUUUAUCAAGUGUAUAAAUGCUUUAACUGUCUUGUGAAUGGACUGUCAACUGUACUGUACAAGUGCUAUUACUGAUUAUGUGGUGAGCUUUUGUUUCUUGGCCACAUAAGAAUAUUCCUGCUGCUAACAGACA